AUGGCACCUGUCUCCCACGAGGCAUACGCACAGCCGGUAGCGAGGAGCGCCAGUGUCAUGCCAGAACGUGCACCAGCUAGAACGGUCUAUCUCGAUGACCGCAGUGGCUUCCGGGAGCCUGUCCGAAUGGGAAGUGUACGACCGAUGCCUCAGUAUGAGGAUGCGCCACGAGAGCCUGUAAUGCGCGCUGCCAGCGUCAGACCUGUGGGUAGAGAGCCGGUGUACGCACCGAUUGAUCAGCCUCGUUAUCGAGUAGCAGAGCAACCGGGCCAGCGUUACUUCGAUGAGCAUGGUCGGGAGAUCAUCAUGCAGAGAUUUUGA